AAAUUUGAAUUUGAAAAAUAAGGCAGAGAGAGUUGAGAGUUGAGAGUUGAGAGUUGAGAGUUGAGAGUUGAGAAUUGAGAAUUGGGAAUUGAGAAUUGAGAAUUGAGAAUUGGGAUGAUGGGUGGGAGAAGCGAAGCCGGAAAGGGUGCAAUUGUGUUUGUAAUUGGGAGUCUGAUAUACUAUCACUGCGGCUAUCGCAAUUCAAAUCUUCUCUCUCUUUUCUCCGAUCUCUUCAUCGUCCUCCUCUGCUCCCUCGCCAUUCUCGGUCUUCUCUUUCGCCAAAUAAACAUCCAGGUGCCUGUUGAUCCCCUCGAGUGGCAAAUCUCUCAGGAAAGCGCCAACGCCAUCGUCGCAUGGUUCGCCAACACCGUGGGCGCCGCCGAGUCUGUCUUCAGGGUCGCCGCCACCGGCCAUGACAAGAGGCUCUUUCUCAAAGUCAUCUUCUCCCUCUACGUCUUGUCCGCUAUUGGAAGAUUGGCUUUGGGAGUUACCGUUGCCUACGCUGGACUCUGCUUGUAUUGCCUUUACAUGUUCGCCGAAUCCUCUCCAACCAUUAGCUCCGCUCUCGCCUCUUUCUUAGGAAGAAGAAAUGACACUACCGAAGAUGAUGAUGAAUAUGAAGAAGAACAGGACACCAUCAUGUAAGCCCUUCUCAGCUUUAUUAUCAUCUCACAAUUGUUCUUCUAUGGGGAGAGGAACUCAAGACAAUAGUUUUCGCUGUUCACCAAAGGAAAAUGUUUAUAAAUACUGGUUAAGGUAUAAAAAUGUAUUAUUAACAUACUUUCUCCUCUAAUUUAAUGUACUUUUAUAAUGAUUUCUGAAAUAAACUUUUUAGGAUAUU